CAGAGUUAUCGAGAGGCGCUCUAGGUUAGCUGCCCACUCCACUCCUUUAAGUCUUCUACUGUAACGUUUUCACUACUGCCUUGUACUAUAGGCCUUACUUUUUGUUGUUGCCUCUGACCUCCUUGCCUUCGUUUUGGCCUCUCACACUCAAAUCAUUUCCGCGUGUAGUAGACUUCUCUCGCCAUGCAUAGCAAUCAUUUCCACAAGAUGAUGGCCAUGCCUCGAGCCAAUUCAAACUGCGAGCCUGCUGACCCAGACAACACCCUUACAGACCGCCUUAACACACUUCUCAACUCUUCGGGUUCAGGAUACGUGUUGAACCUAUGUCCAAGCACGCAAUACCUCAUACAAGCCCCCAUCCUUUUUGCGGCAUCCAAUCAAGAGAUCAGUACUCUUGGAUAUCCCACCGAUGACAGUCGAGCUGUCUUAGUAGUCAAUGGCCCUGUGUCAAAUGGUACCGGCCAUACAACAGCCGUCGUCGGCAGUUGCGCGAAUUGCGACGGAGUGAGGUUGCGGAACGUGCAGAUAAAUGGUACACGGGGUGGCGCGCCUCCCAUCUCAGGAGGCGCAAAUAUUGAAAUGGGCGGUCCGAACUCGGAUCAGCUUAUCGAAUACGUGCAUUCUUAUGACCCCAGAGGCUGGUCAUGUCUCCAUGUCGCUGAGGGAUCAUUGAAUUGCAAUAACGUCACGGUCCAGAACAAUGAUAUUGGACCCGCCGGAUCCGAUCUUUUCCAGCAGUGGGCAGAUGGAAUUAGUGUGGCUUGCCAAAACAGCCUUAUUCGUAAUAACAUGAUCAAUAAUCCGACGGAUGGAGGCAUUGUACUCUUUGGCGCUCCUGGGACUCGCGUUGAAAACAACACCAUCUGGGUCGAGACUAAUACAUUACUCGGAGGAAUCAACAUGGUCGACGUAUCACCCUUUAGUGGUGAUUAUAAGGGGGUCGUGGUCACCAACAAUAUCAUUGCUGGUGGGUUCGCCUCUGAUCCUGCCACAGGGUCGGCGACCAAGGGUACAAAUAACGAAGAUGUCGUCAUAAAAAUCGGAAUUGCAAUUGGUCCCCGCACCUGGUUCGGAACCGAGUAUCUCAAUAACGUUAGCACUGGCGGAACAGUGCUCGACAACCAGCUCACUGGCGCAUUCAGCUACGGCAUUGCCAUCUCGUCUGCAACUAAUUUUACGGUGGAGAAUAAUGUCCUUGUUGGAAACACUUCUUUUAUUGGGGCGCGGGGUCCGAACUGCACUACUGGCGACCCGACACCUUCUCCUGCAGCGUUUGUCCUUGAUAUCAACACCACCUCGAAGAGCACGACCCAGUCAGACUUUCAGGAUAACACGAAUGGUGACAGUUUGACUUGUGUUCUCCCCCCUGCCGGCGGAGACUAUUGGCCAUACGGUGGAAACCCAGGCUCAUCGUCCCCGCCUGUUGGUCCUCCCGAACCCUCGCCUUCGACGAGUAGUCAUUCAUCAACCGGUGCAAUAGUUGGUAUCGUGCUAGGCGUCAUUGCUGGCAUCCUCUUUGUGGCCUUACUUGCAUGGUAUAUCCGCAAGUGGGCCCUAAAGCGCACAGCGGAUCGCUCUCACUUCAGGGCUACGCGGCAAGCCCCGAGGGGAUAUAUUCAGAGUAAGGAACAAUUCUGAGUCUCCUGGACAUACUUGCCUGCAUCUAUCUGCUUUUUUCCUGCCCGUCCUGUUUAUUACAACACUUACUUUUUCCCGGCCAAUGACGAUAGAUUACCCGGUGUUAUUGCAUUCUACCUGUGAUUAUAUCGACACGCUACCUCUUAUAUUAGUGUAUAUUGCCGAGUUGUACAUACCCUACCUUCACAUUGCUACCCAUAGAAUUCACAACCCGAGCCUUGAACAGUUUUCCCGGCCUGCCUGAAGAUAACAUUGUGGAAGCUCCAGAAUGACUAAGCAGACUGAAAUAGUGGCGCGGGU